CGGUGUGAGCUUGUGGAGGGCGCUGUUUCUCGUGUUGUUCCUCAGUGCUUGUCAUGAGUCGAGUGGGUGUUCACAAACUCAAUAAUUCAGCAAUACCGAAACUGAACAGAGACCGACUUCAGUUCACAACAAAUCAGCGUCACAUGGAGCCUACCAAUUUACAGAAAGCUAUAGCCAUAGCCAACAAAGCUUCACAAGAGGACCAGGCUGGAAAUUAUGAGGAGGCUGUUAAAUCUUAUCAACAUGCAGUGAAAUAUUUUCUGCAUAUAAUAAAACGUGAACCACAGGGUAAGGAGGGCAAUCAGAAGAUCAGAGAUAAGUGUAAGCAGUAUCUGGACAGAGCAGAAGAGCUUCAAGACUGUCUUGAUAAGAAAGAGAAAGCUAUAGAUCUGGCCAGUAAGGCAGCUCAGGAGGACAAGGCUGAAAACUACGAAGAGGCCCUGCGUCUAUAUCAGCAUGCUGUUCAGUAUUUUCUGCAUGUUGUCAAAUAUGAAGCACAGGGUGAAAAGGCCAAGCAAAGCAUUCGGGCCAAAUGUGCCGAAUAUUUAGACCGGGCUGAGAAGCUGAAAGAAUACUUGAAGAAGAAAGAGAAAGCCCCAGCGAAACCAGUGAAGGAGUCACAGUCCAGUGACAAAGGGACUGAGAGUGAUGGAGAAGGAGAAGACCCAGAAAAAAAGAAAUUUCAGAAUCAACUUUCAGGAGCCAUUGUCAUGGAGAAGCCGAAUAUUAAAUGGAAUGAUGUUGCUGGCUUAGAGGGGGCCAAAGAGGCGUUGAAAGAAGCCGUCAUUCUGCCAAUCAAAUUCCCACAUCUCUUCACAGGUAAAAGAACUCCCUGGAGGGGCAUCCUUCUCUUCGGGCCUCCUGGAACGGGCAAAUCUUACCUGGCCAAAGCAGUAGCGACAGAAGCCAACAACUCCACCUUUUUUUCCAUUUCCUCCUCUGAUCUGGUAUCUAAAUGGCUGGGAGAGAGUGAAAAGCUGGUGAAGAAUUUGUUCACUUUGGCCCGAGAGCACAAGCCCUCUAUUAUCUUCAUCGAUGAGAUAGAUUCACUCUGCGGCUCCAGGAGCGAGAAUGAAAGUGAAGCAGCUCGCAGAAUCAAGACCGAGUUUCUGGUUCAGAUGCAAGGUGUUGGUAAUGACAAUGAAGGGAUUCUAGUGCUGGGAGCCACAAACAUCCCCUGGACGUUGGAUUCUGCCAUCAGAAGACGGUUUGAGAAACGUAUCUACAUUCCUCUGCCAGAAGAGCACGCUCGCGGAUUCAUGUUCAAGCUGAAUCUGGGCAGCACACCGAACAGUCUUACCGAUUCAGACUUCAUGACUCUGGGCAAGAAGACGGAAGGUUACUCUGGCGCUGACAUCAGCGUCAUCGUCAGAGACGCCCUCAUGCAGCCCGUCAGGAAGGUUCAGUCCGCCACUCACUUCAAACGGGUUCGAGGACCAUCAAGGAGUGACCUGAAUGUCAUAGUCGAUGACCUCUUAACCCCUUGCUCCCCAGGUGAUCCACAGGGUGUAGAAAUGACGUGGAUGGACGUCCCUGGAGAGAAACUUUUGGAGCCAAUUGUUUCCAUGUCGGACAUGCUGAGGUCUCUCACCAACACAAAGCCCACCGUCAACGAGCAGGAUCUGGAGAAGCUGAAAAAGUUCACAGAGGACUUUGGACAGGAGGGCUGAACAGAGCCGGUCUCCCGAAACCAAAGCAAACAGAUUGUAAUUGUCACACACCCCUCUCUUCCUUUCGUACCCAUGCUCCUCCUCUGACCGACGAGCCCUCUCAGCUCAGGCUACAGGCUAGAUGUAAUUUGAAAUGUGUAUCUCUUCAAGCCCACCUCAGUUUUUCUUCACAUGCUAAUAGCUGCUCUGCCUGCAAGGCUGCCAUCAGUACCUUGUGACCAUCAUGCAUCUUUUAUCAUUAAUAAGCGGUCUCAAUCAUAAUUAUCUGUGCUUUCAAUGAUUAACACAGUCAGCAGGACCUACAACAGAUGUGCUGUAAGACAAUUAGCAAUUAUAAUUUGUUCCUUUAUGCAGUGACUAAACAUUUGAAGUAAUACUUAUGUCAGUUUUGUUUACAGUCACAUAAAUCUGAAUGGAUAAAAGUUAAGCUUCAACGACACAUGAAGACUUUCCAGCUUGUAUUUUUUUUUUGGCUGUGCUUUGUUUUGUAGGAGAAGAACCGUUUAAAAGGCUCUUGUUUGUUGUUGCAAAGACCUCUCUGGGUGCAGGUGUAGACUUUGUUCACAAGGGUUCACAAGAGAUCUGUCAUUCCAGAGUUGCAUUUUCCUUCUCAUUUGAGAAAGUCAUGCUUUGAAUCUGUGCAUGCAUUGGCAUUUGACAUAACACUUUGAGAUCCGCAUUUAACAAUUCAGGCACUCAUUUACUACAUAUGGUUUUGUCUCCAUGUACAUUGUUACUUUCAGUAUAUUACUGUAAAAUGUGCUGUUCCUUCACUGAGAUAUGAGUUACAUUAUGAGUUCAAGGGCCAAUGUUGGACAUUCGUUGUAAAUUCACUUGCUGAGGCUCAGCAUACAAUGUGCCUUCGCAUUUUCCUCCUGUCUGUUUGUCUCUCUCAAUCUGUACACACAUAGAUGCACAAAUACUGAUGCUUGUAGAUGGCUAUAUAAUUGUUUUUAUAGGCAGAAGGUCUGGGAAUGAUUGGAUGAUAUUUGCACAUUUCAUUUAAAACUUUAAAAACAUAUAUAUAUCAAUCUGUAUGCACCUAUAGGGUGUUUGGUUUGCCAUUUAAAAACCUAUAAGACAUUGUACUAUUAGAAUAACAAUAUAGAAAAGAUAUAUUUGGUUUGUUUUAAGGAUAAGUCUUGUUAAACAGAUGGUUUCCAGACAGUUUAAAAGUGGUUUAUCUCAUUCAUUUUAAUAUCCACAUGUAAAUAAAGGUUGAAAUGAAA